UUGUCAUGUGUUGUCAACUGUGAUGAACGCUGGUCACCCUACAGUGCGCAUGGUUUGUUUACAUUUUAACUCGUGCUCCCCGGUGUAGUGCGUUCGGUGGCUUCUCUGUUGGAAAAUCGGAAAAUUUGCGUGGUGCGCUCACGGUUAACCUGGUUCUUAAUAGCUUUUCAUCUAGUUUUCAAGUGAUUCUACAGACAGUGAUAAAGGCAAACCUUUCCCACUGAAUCCGGCACAGUUUUUCCAUGUGAAGGAUAAAGGGCAACUCACACCGCCUUCUCUUCAACAAAAAGGUGUUCGGUGUUUUAUUGUGUUAAAAUUACUUGUAUCUCAUUGUAAUCAGUAACUAAAAGUGUUUAAAACAGUUUCAUAUUCUAUUAUUCAUUACGUUUACUGCGUGUACGAGCGCGAGGUGAUAUUUUUCGACGAACUACGCGUAGUGUUUUGUGUGCAAAGUGACGGCUACUUGUGUCCGAGCUUGCGUACAGUAAACAUUUUGAAUACAACCAACUUGAACGAAGCGCACGUGGUCUAUCUGUGUUUCGUUUUUUCAUCCAACGUGCAUGAACCAACACUGUCCGCAACGUGUGAUUGAUAUACAUUUUUCCCACCGGACUUCUUUUCGGCUGGAAGACCUACAUCAAUACUGAGCACGGUGAAAUUAAACGGACUCUUAGUCGGAUCAUCUAAACAGCUUUAAAUAGACAAAAAAAAACAACGACCAGUAGCGAUGGUAACAAGUAACGACAGUAACGUAGUAACACCGGCAGAACCAGCCACUAGCCAGGACCAAUCAACUACUGCAAUGGACAGUAUCGCGACCACCAGUCUUGCCGGAGCAGCCCAACCAACCCGCAAGCUGGGCGGGUUUGAAUUUUACGAGAAAAUUCUUCACUCACCACGGUACGUGGUGGCACCGAUGGUGGACGCCAGUGAGUUGGCCUGGCGUUUGCUCAGCCGACGACACGGUGCACAGCUCUGCUAUUCGCCCAUGUUCCACAGCAGCUGCUUCACGAAGGAUCCCAAGUAUCGGAAAGAUUCGCUACAAACCUGUCCGGAAGAUCGGCCACUGAUUAUACAGUUCUGCGGUAACGAUCCGAAGGUACUGCUAGAAGCGGGCCUGCUCGCACAGGAUCACUGUGAUGCGAUCGAUAUUAACCUCGGCUGUCCGCAGGCCAUCGCUAAGCGGGGUCACUAUGGUGCCUUUCUGCAGGACGAGUGGGACCUGCUGCGAGAGAUAGUAAGCACCCUGCAUCGUAAUCUGGCCAUCCCGGUCACGUGCAAGAUACGCAUCUUCGAGGAUAUGGCAAAAACAAUUCGAUACGCCCGAAUGCUGCAGGACGCCGGUGCCCAGAUACUGACCGUGCAUGGACGGACGCGCGAACAGAAAGGGCCGCUGACGGGAUUGGCGGACUGGAAGUACGUGAGCAUUCUGCGGCAGCAGUUAAACAUACCGAUCUUCUCGAACGGCAAUAUCAUGGCAGUGCAGGACGUCGAACGGUGCAUCGCAGAAACGGGCGUAAACGGGGUGAUGACGGCCGAGGGCAAUCUGCACAAUCCUGCCCUGUUCGAGGGUGUGAAUCCGACCUCCUGGAGCAUGGCUCACGAGUAUCUGGAUCUGGUCGAACAGUAUCCGGCACCAAUUUCCUACAUCCGGGGGCAUCUGUUUAAGAUGUUUCAUCAUCUAAUGCACUUGAAAUCGAAUGCCGCCCUACGGGAGAAACUGGCCGGUAGCCAUUCAGUGGCCGAAUUCCGCUCCGUCGUAAUCCAGCUCGAGCAAAAGUAUCUGCCGUACCACGAGGGAAAGCAACUGUGGAUGGGUGAAGAUGAAAACGAGGAAGAACACGACCAAGCGCCAGAAGGCAAAGCACCCCAAACGAUCAAACAGGAUCAUAAUUUACACCUUCCACCGUGGCUCUGUCAACCGUACAUGCGUGCCCCACCGGAAGUGCAUCGACAAAAGCUCGAAGAAGCGCAUCGACUAGCGAACGAUCCGACCCGCGAAAAGCGUCAAUUUUUCGACGCACACGGUAACGAGAUUUCACGCAAACGCAUGAAAAAGAUGCGCCGUGUACAGCGUCGCCCGAAAAAUAAGAACCGUGCGCAGAAGCGUGCCUCAAACAGUGGUGCCGCAGGUGAAUCCACGCAGGACAAUGAUUCAGAUGAUGGAGAGGAAGACGAGGAAGAAGAAGGACAGCAGCAAGCGAACGGGUCGAAAGUGGUAGAAAACAUUGUACGGAUGAAUAUUUCCAUUGCCGAUACGAACGGACGGCGACGACGGUUUGAUGAGCUGUGCCACAAUGAUUCGCCGAAUUGUACGAACCCGAUGGGUAUGAAAUGUGAACACCAACUGUGCCGAACUUGCUGCAAAAGCAAAUGUUACCGGGAGAAUAGAGAUUGCGUUGGACAUAAGAUUCGCAUCAAAUCGAGACGCGAGAAAGCGAUCGCCUUGACACUGGCUGAACAGGUAGCGAAGGAAAAGCGAAUCGAACCCACCGCAUUAUCGGACGGUGUAGAAAUGACACCGGUUAAUACAGUUUCCGACGAUCAAAGCUGAUCGGCUAAAUGACGCACGAUGAUGCAGGUGAAAAAGUAAUGAUGGACAGUUUAUGUAAGUAAAUGGGAUGCGUUUAUUUGGUGAAGGACCAAUAAAUAUUUGUCUGAAAUA